AUGGAACCUCAAGAAGUAAGCAUCCUUUUACUGGGCGAUGCCGACGUGGGCAAGACCACCUUUCUCUCCCGCCUAGCUCUGGGGCCAACCAACACUUCCUCUGCUCUACCGGUUUUACGAGACCUCGAUCAGCCCUUUACCUUUGAGCUGCGUGGCCGCACGCGACCAUACACGCUAGAGUUUUACGACACCUCAUCUCCCACUUCUUACACCCUGCUCCGGCCGAAUCUGAUCUUGCUCUGCUUCUCCAUCACAUCACGAGAUUCUCUAAUAUCACUCAAAGGCCAAUGGAAAAACAUUGUAGAAACGCAUUUCAACUAUGAUGAAAGUAUUCCUGUUAUAGUGCUUGGAUUGCAGAGAGACUUGCGCAGAGAGAACGUAGAGGGCAUGGUGUUUCCGCAGGAGGCGCUGAGGGUUGCGGCAGAGAUGAGGUGUGAUCGGUAUUGCGAGUGUAGCGCUGUAACAGGCGAGCUGUGUGCUGAGGUUUGGGAGGAUGUUGUCAAGACGGCUGUGGCCACGACUACUAACCAAGGUGGAAAGUCGGAGCCGCCGCCUUGUAUGUUGAUGUAA